CUUUUCCCUUUAUGGCUCUGUAUUUUUUUUUUUCUAGGCUGGGUGUCGAAGAAGAAACAAGGGAAACGGAGAGGGAUGGAGAGGAGGGGAAACGGGAGAAACUUCCAGAGAAGUAGCAAAAACUCCGUGCAUGUCCGCGAAAACCCGACUCCACGGAGCUGAGGAGAUUGGAACUUUGCAUUUUGAAGGCUCGUCUUUCUUAAAUAUUAUAUUGGAAGUUCGCCAUGGGGCUCGAAUGGCCGCUGGACCCGGCGGAAUAGGAAGUGGGGCACAAAUGGCCGCUGGACUCGGCAGAAUAGGAAGUGGGGCACAAAUGGCCGCUGGACUCGGCGGAAUAGGAAGUGGGGCACAAAUGGCCGUUGGACUCGGCGGAAUAGGAAGUGGGGCACAAAUGGCCGCUGGACUCGGCGGAAUAGGAAGUAGGGCACAAAUGGCCGCUGGACCCGGCGAGAUAGAAAAUGGGGCUUGAAUGGCCGCUGGACCCGGCGGAAUAGAAAAAAGGGGCCUGAACGUCCUGACUUGUCGCAAGGAAAUGAGACCCUAUGGUUAUAUUGACUUAUUGUAUUGUAUAUUAUUUGUCUGAUAUAUUUGCUAGAGAUGUGAUGAUUGUUGAGAUUGCUGGAGAUAUGAUGAUUGUUGAGAUUGUCUAAAGAUGUUCUGUAAAAGUCGUGUUGUUGCUAGAGUUUGAUAUGUCAGGUGAUUGUGUUGUGAAGUUCUAUGGAAUGCUAAUGAAUGGAUAUUUGAUGUUUGUAUGAUAUUGGAUAUUAGAGAAAUUGUGGGAAGAGUUGUGUGUAUUUGUUAGUA